UGCAAGUUGAAUUACAGUGAGUGACGCUUUCCCUAGCUGCCCAGACACACUUGUGAAGGGACGUGGCUUCAACAAACAAGACACAGACGUGAGCAAGACUGCAUGAUCUCCCCCCAAUAAAGGAGACCAUGGUGAAGAGAGUUGCAAUUAUUGGAGCUGGCGUGAGUGGACUGACCUCCAUCAAGUGCUGCCUGGAUGAGGGGCUGGAGCCCACCUGCUUUGAGAGGAGUGAUGACAUCGGGGGUCUCUGGAGAUUCACAGAACAUGUUGAAGAUGGGAGGCCCAGCCUUUACAAAUCCAUGGUCAGUAACACCUGCAAGGAGAUGUCGGCCUUCACAGACUUCCCGUAUCCUGAGGAUUUUCCAGUCUUUCUGUCCAACUCCCAAGUCCUGGAGUAUCUCAGGAUGUAUGCCAAGCAUUUUGGCCUUCUGAAGCACAUCCAGUUCAAGACCACAGUCAUCAGUGUAAGGAAAUGCCCAGAUUUCUCUGCCACUGGCCAGUGGGCUAUUGUCACGGAGUCUAAUGGGAAGCAGGAGUCAUCUGUCUUUGAUGCUGUUAUGGUUUGCAUUGGCUAUCUCUCUGAUCCAUCCCUGCCGCUGGAGUCUUUUCCUGGGAUAGAGACAUUUCAAGGCGAGUACUUUCACAGCCGCUAUUACAAGCAUCCAGAUGUGUUUGAGGGGAAGAAAGUCCUUGUGAUUGGCAUGGGGAAUUCUGGAGUGGAUAUCGCCAUUGAGGCCAGUCGUGUAGCUAAAAAGGUGAUGAUCAGCACUGGCCGAGGUGCGUGGGUGAUCAGUCGGGUGUUUGACAAUGGUUACCCAUGGGACAUGGUCUUCCUAACUCGUUUCAUGAAUGUGAUCCGGAAUUCCCUCCCUGGGCCCAUUACAACGUGGCUGGUUGCGCACAGGACGAGUCAGUGGUUUGACCAUGCAAACUACGGCCUGAUACCUAAGGACAGAGAUGUGAUACGGGAGCCUGUGCUGAAUGAUGACCUUCCAGGCUGUAUCAUCACUGGGAAAAUCACCAUAAAACCGAGUCUGAAGGAGAUCAAGGAAAACUCAGUCGUGUUUCAAAAUAGCCCCACGGAGGAGCCUGUUGACGUCAUCGUCUUUGCCACAGGAUACAAGUUCUCCUUCCCUUUCCUUGAGGAAUCUGUUGUCAAAGUCGAAAAGAAGCAGGCAUCCCUGUACAAAUAUAUCUUCCCACCUCAUCUGGAGAAGCCAACCCUGGCCGUCGUUGGCCUCAUCAAGCCAUUUGGUGCAGUCAUGCCAGUUGUAGAAAUUCAAGCUCGCUGGGUCACACGAGUCUUUAACGGCUUGUGUCAGCUGCCUCCAGUGAGCACCAUGGUGGAAGAGAUCAACGAGACGAAGAAAAACAAAAUUCGCUGGUUCGGUUUGUCCUAUGAUGAGAUCCUGAAAACUGAUUGCCUCGUGUAUAUUGACGAACUUGCCUCCUUGAUCGGCACAAAACCCAGUGUGCUGGCUCUGCUCUUCAAAGAUCCAAUCCUGGCCAUGAAAGUUUUCUUUGGUCCAUGCACAGCAUACCAAUACCGCCUGACUGGGCCGGGGAAGUGGGAUGGAGCCAGAAAUGCCAUUCUGACCCAGUGGGAGCGGACAGUGAAGCCCACGAGAACACGAGUUGUAGAGGAGCCUCCAAACUUCUGUUUCAAUUUGCUUAAACUAAUCGGCCUUUUUGCUCUCUUCGCUGCAAUUUUUCUUGGUUUCAAGUAGUCCUGGUGUGAUGUACAGCCUGCGUGUAUAAAUCUUUUCUGGCUAGACAAUAUCUCUAUAUGGGGAGGCAGGAAAGCAAUACAUACAAAGGUCCUGUAAGAACAGAAGGUUUUCUAAAUCAAACUUUAACCAAUGUCACAAAAACAUUUCUCCUCUAACUAAACUACACACCAAGAUUUGUCUACCUGAGACCAUUGCACAAAUUUAACUAAAUGUGUGAUGGUAAACUGGUGCAGGCCCCUGUGUGGACACUCAUUUCUUUUAAAAGUGAUUUAUUUAGGGCUAGCUUAAAUCGGAUAGGAAUAGGCGUCUGGGAAAGAGAUGCUUUAGCUCAGCCGGAAGCUGUGGGCGUGAUUCAGGAAUCAGUAGAUGGGAUUCUUUGGCCUGUGCUACGCAGGAGGUCUGGCUAGGAGACCAUAAUUGUCUCUUCUCCCCUAACAUUGACAUUUGUCAGAUAAAGGAAUGGGAAAUGUAAAGUCCCUGGGCUUUAAUAAUCAGUUGUUAAAAUUGCAAGGCUCCACACCUGCAAGGCGCUGAGAUUCCUCAAAUCUCUCUGGAGUUAGUUGGCAUCAAGGGUGUUCAGCAUCUGUGACGGAUUGAAUCACAGAAACCCCCUUGGGAACUGCCAACUGAUGUGCCAAGACUACUUCUGCCCCUGC